AUGUCUGAAUGUAAUACAUCUAUGCCUGGGAAUGUUGUUUCAGAUUCUGAAGAGAACAAGGCACUAGAAGAGGAAUAUAUAGAAGAAAUAAAUGAAAAUCCCAGCAAGGAAAAAGAUGACAAAAUUGAAAAAAGCAUGAAGAAAACUAAUCAUCAAGAUAAGAUGCUAAAAUCAUCCUUCACUGCACCAAAACAGAAAAAAGCUGGUGAAGAUGUAACUGUAACAGAGCCUGCUGCGUCUGAAGAAAGCAAACCUAAAAAACGAGGUCCUAAAAAGAAAGAAGGUACAAAUGUAACAAAAGUGAAGUUACCUAUCAUAUCAUACAGUGAUGAAGAAUAUGACAAGAUUUUUGAUGCAGUUUUGAGAAGAUGUGCAGAAGAAGGAUUUUCUGGAAUAUCAGUUGCCACUACAAAUAAACCAGUCACUCAAAAGGAUGUUCAGGAGCCACAAAAAGAUGACUUUGAUGCUUUGCUUGAUGAGGAUGUUGGAGGCAGCAUUGGUAGGAUCUCUAUUCGCCCUGGCCAGGACGUUGGCAGCCUGCUCAGACAAGACUUUGUCUGUGCGAGUCUAAUGAGAGCCUCUAUGCGUGUAAGAGAUACACCGCUGGGCUCGUUGGUAUCUGCCGUCUGGUUGGGACAGCAGGGGGAAAUCGACACAGGAGGGAAAAAAAUUAGAAAAACUUAUCCUCCCAACCAGUGUCGGCUACCGCUGGCCGUGGUAGCAACCCAAGCUGGAAACCCGGAUAGGAAAAGGCAGGCUUUCCAGGCAGAGUCGCUAGACUUCAUCUCCGUUGAUACAGAGAUAAAGAAAAAAGUGAAGGUCAAGCAUCUGAAGAAAAGUAUGCAGGAUAAUGAAAAUGAUCAAGAUAAUGCAGAGUCAGUUAAAGGAAACAAUAAAGGCGUCAACAAAUGUGAUGAAGAUACAGAGUCAGUCGUCAUGGAUGAUAGUGAUGAAGAUAAUCAACAUGAAAAUGAUACAGAGUCAGUCGCCAAGGAUGAUAGUGAUGAAAACCUUCAACAUGAAAAUGAUACAGAGUCAGUCGCCAAGGAUGAUAGUGAUGAAGACUAUAAACAUGGGGAAGAUAAUGAGUCAGUAACUAAGAAUGGGAGUGAUGAAGAAGAUACAGAAUUUGUUGCUAAGGGCGACAGUGAUGAAGUCCAAGAUCAUUCUUCAGGGAACAGUGAUGUUCAAGAAGAUUCACCACAAGAAAUUGAAAGGAUGGAUGUGCAAAUCCUUCCUCAGCCAGCUCAGUUACACAAUGAUUUAGUAACUCCCCAGUUGUCUGAGGAUGAUACUGGUAAAACGCCAACAAGACCUAUUAAACCGGUUGUUAAGAAGAAAAAGCUAACAAAUAAAACACACAGACAACUUGAUUUGACAUUUCAACAACAUGAAAAUACAGACAAAGAAAAAAAAGAUGAAGAUUACAAUUCUUGUACCAAACCACAAGUGAAAAAUACUGAUGAGAUUGAUGCAGAAUAUGAGUUUGUUUUCACUAGAUAUACUAUUGGAUCUUUGGUAUGGGCAAAAAUGCAAGGCUAUCCUUGGUGGCCUGGACUGUUAGAAGAGGAUCCUGAUACCAGAUCUUUCUAUGAAACUGAUGGUGUGUCACGUUAUCCUGCAAAAUACCAUGUAGUUUUUUUUGGAGAUAAUGUGUCAAGAGCUUGGGUUCGUUCCACUUCAGUAGAAGUUUUUACUGGCAAAGAGAAUGUUGAGGACUUUGGAUCUCCUAAAAUGAAAGGAAAGAAUUACACAAAGGAAGUAAAGAAAGCACAAGAAAUAGCAAUGAAGGCAAUGUCCAUGACAUUGAAGGAAAGAGUAAUGGAAUAUGGAUUUAGUAGAUUUAAAGGACCAUGGGGUGCGGACUCACAAGAUUCUCAAGUAUCCUCUCAGCUAAGUGUGAGUAAUGGAAUAUCCAGUAAGACACCAGAAGUUGACACAAUUCUUAGGACUGCAGAAAGUGUUCUAGAUGAAGCAGAAUCUAUGAUAGAGAGCAUUGAAGAUAGUUUAAAUGAUGAUGAUGAUGACUUUGUUGUGCCCAAGGAAAAGAAACAUAAGAAACAGACUAAACAAAAGAAAGAAGUUAGUCAAAAUGAAGGAGGAACAAAAGCUGUGAAAAGAAAGCUGGAGGGUGAAAUGAUGGAACCAAAGAAAAAUUUAAAGAAAAAAAAGAAAAGCAAGGAUGAGAAAAAUGAUGAUGACGCUACUGAUGUUUCAGAGAAGAAAGCAAAAAAAGACAGAAAAAAGAAAUCAUCGGCAGAUAAAUCAGAAAUUACUGAUAAGAGACAAAUUGACCAUGAAAAGAUUAAUAAGAAUAAAUCCAAAGAUGUAAAGCAUACAAAACCUGUUGGAAAGACUGUAGCAAAAGAAAAUCCAUCUAAGAACAAACAAAAUAUUGAGAAAUCUAAGAAAGAUGGUUUAAAAUACCAAAAUACCAAUGUUGUUAUUAAUAAAAAGGAAGCCGAAUUUAAAAUGCCAAAGAAAAGUAAGCUUGGUUUCAAAGCUCCUGGAAAAAUAAAUAAAUCUGAAAUGAAAGUCCCAUUGCCUUGUCGUAAUGACCCAACAACUUCUGAAGAAGUCAACCCAACUAAAACUAAUGAGAUAAAAGUGUUUGACAGUGAUGUUUACACAAUGGAUUUGGACACACAGCCUGAAGAAAAAUGUGAUGUGGCCAAAGAAAAAGUCAAGAAAAAUAAAGCGAAAGAAAUGAAUGAAAUCUCAUCUAAUACUGGAAAGCUUGCUGUAAAUGGGACAUCUAAAAAUGGACAUACUAAGAAAUCUAAGCCAAAGUUUUCAAUAAAAAGAAAAGAAACCGUGACAGGCAAAGAUUUUGUAGCUGAACCAAAGGAAAAGAAGCCAAAAUUGAUCUUGGACACUGAUAAAAGAGAGCCAGUUGAGGAACAGACAAAAGAAGAUAGUCAAGAUUUUGAUCUUGAUUUUGAUUUACCACUUCAUAGUGAGGUUAUAGAGCCAACAGAGACAUGCAAGAAGUGCAAUAUUGAAGCCAUUGGACAAUAUGUGUGA